CAGUUUCAGUUUUCUAGAACACGUAACAGGAGAAGGGCGCUCUAGAGAACACCGAAAAUAUUUAAAAUAAAUAAAAUUUAAAACCUUUUCUCAAAAGCAAACCAAAUUACUAGUAACAGUUUUGCGCGAAUAGAUACGAAUAUUAAAAGUGAAAUGGCCCCAAAUGUGGUGUACACUUCCGGAGUUCUUACGCUGAACAUCGAAGAUCUGAGGAAACUCGUUGACCCCGCCGAGAUCGAGUGUUUGGAGCACAUGAAGCGGGAGGAGACGCGCUUGAAAUCCAGUCGCCAGGACAUCCAGAAGAGGCUGAAUCAACUGCUUAAGCGUAUCACCGAUCUGUACGAGCAGGUGGAGAGGGACGAAAUCACGGAGCUGGAGUUCCAGUCUAUGAACGCCGUAAGGAACUUGCUCAGCCUGCGGCAUCAGAAUUUCGCGGAGAGACUCGUUCGCGUGGGAACUCAGCUGGCCAGGACAAAAGUGGAACUGAAGCGCCGAGAGGUGGCCAUCUACAAGGACCUUAAGGCCAGGGGAUUGGUGUAACAAGCUGAGCAGCAAGACCAAAUAUGUUCAUAACUUGGGAGACCCUAAAAGUACCAUCAGUAGUUGUGUAAAAGAAUCGCUUUCAUGGAAUCAUAGUAGAGAGCUGGAGAAUCUGGAAAUGUAGUAUCUACCCAGGACCUUAUAGAUAGAAAGGUGUUAAAAAUGUUUUGGAGAAUUUUAUAAAAAAUAUUUUUAAAUUUU